CUUUUCCCCACAGACGCAGACAUCCCUUCCCCUUCCCCAUCUUCAUCUUCAUCUUCUCCCCUCUCCCUCAUCUCUCUCUCUCUCUCUUCCUUCCUCUCUCCCUCUUCGUCGUCGAGCUCCUCCGCGCUCGUGACUCGUCCCAUGAACACUCCCUCAAGCUCAAGCAGAUGCAGCGGGGGAGGAAGACAGUGAAUGAAAAAUGUCGCAGCCCACAUCCAUCUUUCUCGCCGCUCUUGCUCUGCUCGCCCUCUCGGCAAUCUUAGAGGCCGCCGGAGAAGCUCCCGGCGCCGUCCUCAUACGAGGAAACUCCACCAUUCUCAGUGACAAUGGCACCUUCGAGCUCGGCUUCUUCUCCACCAAUGACGACAGCUGGUUCCUGGGCAUUCGGUAUGCUUCGAUACCGAUCCCGACUUACGUCUGGGUCGCUAAUCGCGAGAACCCCAUCAAGAAUCUAGCUUCUGCAACGCUUGGGAUGACUGAGACGGGCCGACUUGCGGUGAAGGAGUCGGGAAAUGCAGGCUUCGUUUGGCAGAGCGAGAACUCAGAGCCGUCGAGCAAGAUGAGGCUCUUGGACACGGGUAACCUCGUGCUCUUGUCCGAGGAAAUGAAUAUUGUUUGGCAGAGCUUCGAUUUCCCUACGGACACUUGGUUACCUGGAAUGAACCUGACCAAGGACCGAUCCUUGGUCUCGUGGAGGAGCUUGGCCGACCCUUCGCCGGGGUUCUACACUCUCCGGUUGAAACCGCCGGGAUAUGGCGAGUUCGAGCUUGUGUAUAAUGCGAGCGAGUGCUACUGGUCCAGCGGACAUUGGACUGGCAAUGCAUUCACUAAUGUGCCGGAGAUGACCAUCCCUUAUAUUUACAGGUUCCAUUUUGACGAUCCCUUCAAGCCAUCGGCAUCAUUUGGUUACACCGAGACAUCACUGGACAGUGCCCUGAAGCCGCCUCUGACCCGAUUCCAGGUCGACCCCAAUGGGCAACUUAUGCAGUACACAUGGUCUUCACAGACCGAGAAUUGGAACACUUUCUGGAAAGAGCCUGAGAACCAGUGCCGAGUCUAUGGGCUCUGUGGCAGUUUGGGUUUUUGCAGCAGCAGAACUCUGAGGCCUUGUGAGUGCCUCUCAGGUUUCAUGCCCAUGGAUGAGAUUGGGUGGACCUCUGGAGACUACUCAAAAGGUUGUCGCCGAAAGAGCAAUAGUCCAUGCGAAGAGGAUGAUGUGUUUGAGGAGUUGGGUGUUAUGGGAUUCGAAGGAGAGGUCGUUGAAUCAUUUUCUGGGAGUAAGAGUUCCUGUGAGAAGUCGUGUUUGAGUAAUUGCUCUUGUGUUGGUUUGUCCCAUAAUGAGAAGACAAGUCUAUGCAAGAACAUUUAUGGGUCUCUCUUGAAUCUUAGGAAUUUAAGCUCAAACCCCCUUUUGGAGGGUAUAUUGUUCGUGAGGGUACAGAGAAGAGGGAUAGUGAAGAAGAACAUAUCGAAAAGUAUGGUUCUUGUUGCUAGCAUUGUCGGGUCAAUUGCAGUUUUGGGUUUAUCUAUCUUGAUAGUUUUGAUAUGGAGGAGUAAGAGACACAAGGAGAGGAAAAAACAAGAAGAUGCUGGCGAAGCUUUCCCUGUCUUGUUGAAUCUUCGAGUUUUCACAUAUAAAGAGCUUCAGACAGCAACUAAUGGAUUCUCUGAGAAGCUAGGGCACGGAGGCUUUGGGGCAGUGUUCCGUGGGCAGUUGCCUGAUUCCACUCCGGUAGCUGUGAAACGACUUGAGAGGCAUGGAGGGGCGGAGAAGGAGUUCCGGGCUGAAGUUUGCACCAUAGGUAACAUUCAACAUGUUAAUCUUGUGAGGCUUAGAGGCUUCUGUUCCGACAGCUCCCACAGGCUUUUGGUCUACGAUUACAUGCCAAACGGCCCCUUAAGUGCUUAUUUACGAAGGGAUACGCCAAAUCUAAGUUGGGAAGUCAGGUUUCGAAUUGCUAUUGGAACAGCCCGUGGAAUCGCGUAUUUGCAUGAGGAGUGUAGGGAUUGCAUCAUUCAUUGCGAUAUAAAACCAGAGAAUAUAUUGAUAGAUGGGGAUUUCAUGGCAAAGGUAUCUGAUUUCGGCCUGGCGAAGCUUAUUGGCAGAGAUUUUAGUCGGGUCAUUGCCACGAUGAGAGGAACAUGGGGCUAUGUUGCGCCCGAGUGGAUAUCUGGAGUUGGGAUCACCACAAAGGCGGAUGUUUACAGCUUCGGGAUGACUUUGCUCGAACUACUAGGUGGCCGGAGGAAUGUGGAGGAGCCGCCCCCGGGGGAUCGUGGAGGCGGCAGUGAGGGGGACAAGUGGUUCUUUCCUCCGUGGGCAGCUCGGCAGAUCGUGGAGGGCGACGUGGCAGCGGUUGUGGACGAGAGGCUGGGCGGGGCCUACAACAGAGAGGAGGCAGAGCGAGUGGCUCUGGUGGCUGUGUGGUGCAUUCAAGACGAGGAGAACGUGAGGCCCACGAUGGGCCUAGUGGUGAAAAUGCUGGAAGGGGUGGUGGAAGUUCCGAUCCCACCACCCCCAAAGCUGAUACAGGCAUUGGUUUCCGGCGAAUCAUUUCAGGGUAUCAGGGGAGGCUCUGGCCACGGCACGGGCAGCUCCGCCAAUGAAAGAGUGAAGUCUCCAGCAGCCUCGGAUUCAUCCCCCGGGGUUCCCUCUUCCCCGGGGAAUGGAAAUGUAAUGUGAGCACAAUCUACCGAACUAACGUAAUUGACUGACAUGCUAAUUGUAUCUUUAAUCUUCUUCUUCGUGUGUGUUAUUUCAAGCGAGUUGCAUCUCUAACAACUCUCACUAGCAAAAGAUGGACGAGAGAAUGAUAUUUGAAAAAAAAGGCUAUUCCCUAUGUUCAAAGCAUAUUUCACUUCGAA